AACUUACGCGUUUAAUCAAUUUGUUUUUGACAGAUAAACAAUUUAAAUUGUAUAUACGCCAAGUAAGUAGUAUAGUUGUUUAUCCAGCAACGAUUUUUAGUUUGCGAAGAAAAGAGGGAAAGAAAUAUAAAACUGGUCAUUACUGGAUCUUAGCGUGGAUAUCAGAAUUGCAAAUUGAAACUGUUGUUUAGAUUAUUAUUAGAUUAUAUAAGCAGAUUAUUAGGGAAAGGAAGUUUCGUAGAACCUCAUUUUCGGUAUCGUCGUCACAUCCAAUUUUCUGUUACUCUAUUAUUAUUAUUAUUAUUAUUAUUGUUAUUGUUGUUGUUGUUAUUAUUAUUAUUAUUGUUAUUACUUUAUCUCUCUUACUUCUCUUUGAACCUUUCCUCAUUCCGUCACUAUUCAAUUCACCAGAUUCAACCUAUCAAUUUUUUAUGCUUUCCAUUCCUCUUUUCAUUCAACAAGUUCAUUUUAACAUAGCACUGCAAUGCAUGUGAGAUAGGACAUUUGAAUAUUGAAGUUGGAGUUUUUGGAUGAUUAACAGGUUGUUUAAAAGUAGCAUUUUGUGUAUUAGUUAGAAGUCUGUUAUGGAACUAGCUAGGCAUAAUAGAGUGAUGGAGAAUGGGGGAGCUGAGGAGAUGGAUGUCGAAACUCAGUCUGAGGAGCAACGAUUCCACCCUUUACGUCUUGUUGGAUUGGCGAAGAAGAGAGCCUAUAUAUUUGAUGGUUUGGGGAAUUUUUAUAAUAAGGAAUGGGAUCUAGCUGACCUUUAUCGUAAAGAAGAAAAUGAAUUGAAUGCGGCAGAAGGUCGAGGGAAUGAGUUUUCUUGGUACCAUGUUGAACUUCCAAAAGGGAAUCAAAAGUUGUCACAAUCUGCACAGGAUUUGAUUGGUGUUCUGUGCCCGCCUUUGAAACUUCAAGAUAUUCUGUCUCUUGUUAGCAAUGGACCCUUUUGUGCACAUGUAGAUGGUGCACUUGUUUUCCGGGUUAAUUCACCCGGCCCUCCUUCGAGUGACUUCACUUUUAGAAUUGCUGCUAGAGUAACGGAGAAUUCGGUGAUUACCGUGUCCUUAGGGCGUGUUCCUCGGCUAGGUUUCUCGCGGAUGGGCGAAUCUUUACUUUCGGAAAUUCCUAGUGUUGAAGGCUCCCCUAAUUUUAGUGGUCAGCAGAAGGAAGGAAGUGGAACUGUGAUUAAGGAGCAUGUUCUUGAAUUCUUAUUGACUAUGAAUCAUUCUGAGGAAGCUGACAAUCCUGUUCCUAGAUCUGUCUCGAAUCUCGUGGUUCACAUAAUUGACACACAUGUUGAUCAGCUUCAAGAUCUUGUGACAAAGCUUGAGAUGGAGUUGGACUCUGUGGAGCUUGAUCUCGAUAAAGGUGGUUAUGGUCUGAAGAAACAAAUGCUAGAUGAUAGAAGAUUCCCCAAACUACAUAUUAAUCUGCAGCGACUCCUGCAGGUGAUUGCCCAUGGAGAACAAGUGUACCUUCGUGUCAAAGAAAAAUGCUCUUCAAAACGAUGGCUUGCAAGCGAAGACAUCAAUUCCCUUGAAGAAUUAAUUGGAAGGUUGAGAAGGCUAAAGGAGAAUGUAGGGUUUAUAGUUAAUCGUGUCACGGCAAUACAGGCCGGUCUUGACAGUUGGCAGUCGGAGCAAAUAAACCGUAAACUGUACUAUCUUUCAUUCCUUUCGAUAGUAUUCCUCCCCUUAUCCAUCAUAACAGGAGUAUUUGGCAUGAAUGUUGGAGGAGUUCCAUGGACAGGUCAAAAUUCUCCUGAGCUAAAAGACGGUUUUCGCAAUGUGAUGUUGGUUUGUGUCGCUAUGCUUAUUCUUGUACUACUCUGCUUCCUUUUCCCAGCGCUUUAUACACGGAUAGUUGUUGUUUGGCGAGAAAAGAGAACUCUUGGAAGAAAUUGGUCACUGAACAGGAAGUCAUUGCUCAGGAGACCGUUAAGAAUAGAAGAUACGGCGAGAGGAGGUUACCUUCGGAUUUAAUGGUGUUGGAAUGUUUGUUUCAUUUCAUUCAUUCUUCUAGUGAACAUUCAAGUUCCUAUACGCUCACUUUCUGUUUUGAAGAAUGUCUCACUCAAAAGCAAAAGCAAUCUUAGCAGCUGGUUUUCCUUAAUGGCUCAAACAGAAGAAACUAAUAAAAACUGACAUUUUGUUGUCAAUAAAAGAAUCACCAGAAGUACAAAUGGAAUCCUCAUGAAGCACAGAUUCUCUGGCUGAUGAAAUGAGAGAUUGUGAUCAAGCCAAGAUUUUUGCUUAUUCUUUCAUUUUUUUUCCCAUUCUUGGGAUAGGGGCUACGUGGGCUGAUCACUAUACUUUUUGUUUAACUUGUACAAUAUACUUUUUUUGGGUCAACAACUUAGUUUCUGAUUUUGUGUAUAUAUGAUGGAUUGAUAAUGUAAAAAAUCUUAUAUUAUCAUUUAUCAAUACAUAUACCAAUUAAAUCCUAGAUA